AACUUUACCCCCCAACGGUCACUAAAUUCAAAUUCGAGAGAGAGCAUUCUCAUUCUCAUUUCUCAAACCAAACCCACAGCAAAAAUUAGAAGAAACCCGAAAAUUUUAAACGCUUCAAACUCAACUUUCUUGCUUCAAAGAGAAAAAAAAGCUAUAUUUCCUUCACCGUACUCUUUUUCUUUGUCACCAAACACCUCAAGCAAAAAGCCCCAAUUUCCAUGGAAGAGAUUCAAUUCAAGACUUGUCAAGACUCAGAAACCCUAGUUCCAGAUUCCUCUGUCUGCGAUUCAAAAGAAGUUGAACCCUUGAAUCAAGAACAGGAAGGUUCUGGCAGCGAUGAGUCUUUCGUGGAUUCGAUGCUUUGCGACUCCAGUUCAAGACUAAUCGCUACCGGUUUUACCAGAUCCAACUUCACCGAGGAAUGUGUGAUGUUUGUAAAUGCUGGAGGUGAUGUUCCAAAUGAGGUAGAUUCAAGUGUGAAAAUUUUGGGUGAUACGUAUUAUGAUGGAGGGCAUGGUUUAAGGACCAAUGAGCCAAUAACCGAGGCUGGAGAUUGUCCAUUCAUCUAUCAGUCUGCACGAUUGGGAAACUUUUGUUAUCGGUUCACUGAUCUUCCUCCUGGAGACUAUUUUAUCGACCUUCAUUUUGCGGAGAUCAUAAACACAAAUGGACCUAAAGGAAUGAGGGUAUUCAAUGUAUACAUCCAGGAAGAGAAGGUCCUAUCAGACUUUGAUAUUUUCUCUGUAGUUGGAGCCAAUAAGCCAUUGCAGCUGGUUAAUUUGAGGGUCUUGAUGAAGGAGGAUGGAGUCAUUGUGAUAAGAUUUGAAGGGGUCAAUGGAAGUCCAGUAGUUAGUGGAAUUUGUAUUAGGAAAGCACCAAAAUUGUCAGUUCCUCGGGUGACGCAUGAAUAUCUUACAUGUAACAACUGUGCUGCUGAGAUAGAAGUUCCUUCAGCUCAGAAGAAAGUCAUGCAAACGAAGUCCACCAUAAAAUAUGAGAAGAAGAUAGAGGAACUCACCGAGCAGUGCCAGCGAAAGACAAAAGAAUGCUACGAGGCUUGGAUGUCGCUGACUGCGGCAAAUGAACAGCUCGACCAGGUCAGGAUGGAACUCGACAACGUGACAUUUAAGACACUAACUCUAGAUCAAACCAUGGAGAAACAAGCUGAAAAUCUGAGGAAUAUCUCUAGCAAGUAUGAGCACGAUAAGAAGUACUGGACAGCGGCAAUCAAUGAGUUACAUGAAAAAAUAAAGGUGAUGAAAGCAGAGCAUUCUCAGCUUUCUUUUGAAGCUCAUGAUUGUGCUGAUUCCAUUCCUGAGUUGAAUAAAAUGGUUUUUGCAGUUCGGGAACUGGUUAAACAGUGUGAAGAUCUCAAAGUGAAGUACAACGAAGAGCAAGCUAAGAGGAGGAAACUCUUUAAUGAAGUUCAGGAUGCUAAAGGUAAUAUCAGGGUUUUCUGCCGCUGUCGUCCAUUGAGUAAGGGCGAGAUAUCAGCAGGUUGUACAACAGUAGUAGACUUUGAUGCAGCGAAGGAAGGAAGUCUUGGAAUUUUAACUGGUGGUACCACAAAAAAAUCUUUCAAAUUUGACCGAGUUUACACACCAAAAGAUGAUCAAGUUGAGGUGUUUUCGGAUGCUUCACCAAUGGUGAUAUCAGUGCUAGACGGCUACAAUGUUUGUAUAUUUGCUUAUGGGCAAACAGGGACAGGGAAGACAUUUACAAUGGAGGGUACUGAGCAAAACAGAGGAGUAAAUUAUAGGACUCUUGAGCACUUGUUUAACAUUGCCAAGGAAAGGAGUGAAACUUUUACAUACAACAUAUCUGUUAGUGUUCUUGAAGUUUACAAUGAGCAAAUUAGAGAUUUGUUGGCAACAUCUCCAACAUCAAAAAAGUUGGAGAUAAAGCAAGCUUCUGAAGGGUCUCAUCAUGUUCCAGGAAUUGUUGAAGCCAAAGUUGAUAACAUUAAGGAUGUUUGGAGUGUACUGCAAGCUGGAAGUAAUGCCAGAGCUGUUGGAAGUAAUAAUGUGAAUGAGCAUAGCAGUCGAUCUCACUGCAUGCUUUGUAUAAUGGUAAGAGCAAAGAACUUGGUGAAUGGCGAGUGCACCAAGAGCAAGCUUUGGCUUGUAGAUUUGGCUGGCAGUGAGAGGCUUGCAAAAACUGAUGUGCAAGGGGAACGCCUGAAGGAAGCACAAAAUAUAAAUAGAUCGCUUUCAGCUCUUGGAGAUGUUAUAUCUGCUUUGGCAACUAAAAAUAGUCACAUUCCAUACAGGAACUCCAAAUUGACACAUUUACUUCAAGACUCAUUAGGGGGGGAUUCCAAAACUUUGAUGUUUGUACAAAUUAGUCCUUCAGACCAGGAUGUGGGUGAGACUUUGAGUUCUUUAAAUUUUGCAUCACGGGUUCGAGGAAUUGAGUUGGGACCUGUCAGGAAGCAGAUUGAUACAAGUGAGCUUCAAAAGGUUAAAGCAAUGCUUGAAAAAGCAAGGCAGGAAUCCAAAUCUAAAGAUGAAACUUUAAGGAAACUAGAAGAGAACUUCCAGAACCUGGAGAGCAAGGCAAAAGGCAAAGAUCAGUUUUACAAAAACCUACAAGAGAAGAUUAAAGAACUUGAAGGCCAAAUUGAGUUGAAGACAGCCGUGCACAGCCAGUCUGAGAAGCAAGUCUCACAACUAUCUGAGAGACUGAAGGGGAGGGAAGAAAUCUGCAGUAAUCUCCAGCAAAAGGUCAAAGAACUAGAGAUUAAGCUUGUAGAGCAACAGCAGUUAGAAUCUGCAUCUUUCCAACAGAAGGUUAAGGAACUUGAAAACAAGCUUAAAAGGCAAUUGCAGGAGUCUGAGUCUCAUACUGUCAUCCUACAACAUAAGGUUAAUGAGCUGGAGAGGAAACUGAGAGAGCAGGAACAGAAUUCAGAGUGUGUCUUACUUCACCAAAAGAUAAAGGAGCUUGAAGACAAAUUGAGGAUGAAAGAGCAACAGUGGCAGCAUACUCAUGACUACACUGAUGCAGUUAGGGCCACUCCCAUUGAAGUAAAAACCUUUGUAAGAGAAGAAUAUAUGAAUGAGAUUGAGCCUCAUAUAUUGAGAAGUUCAAAUUCAGUGAACCGCCCAAUGAGUCAAGGGUCUAGUUUGUUAAGAGGAAUUGAGCCUCUCCACGAGACAAGAAGGAAACGAGAGUCUCGAAGUUCUGAUAUAGAGAACAACUUUAUUGUACCGUCUUCUUUAAAUGACAGGAAGAUUAGUAGGAAAUCUGAUCCACCAAAAAUAGCAAGAGUUGUGAGAACAACAAAGCUAACAGCCACUGCUGCUCAGGGACCCUUGACUCACAAGAGGACUAGUAGAGAUCCGAUUCAAGGGAUUAAGGAGAGGGAUAAUAAGAAGAAGAUUUGGUCAAGAUAGUGAAGCAAAUUCAACUCAGUCAGUCAGUCAACUUGUUUUCUACGUUGACUUCCCUAUUUACAUUUUUACUUCAAUGUUACAUAUGCCUUCUCUUUUGAAUGUAAAAUUCUGUACCAUGAUUGAAUGUUAUCUGAAAUUCAUUUCUAUCAUUAAACAAAAGGAAGAAAUGAAAUUUUUUA